GGGUCUUCUCAAGGAAAUCCCAAUCUCUAUUCUGAAGAGUCUUCCCUAAAAGAUGGCCCUGAUCAGGAAGACAUUUUAUUUUGUAUUUGCCGUGUUCUUCAUUUUGGUUCAACAGCCAUCAGGGUGCCAGGCAGGACUUGAGUUUUCCGAGCCAUUUCCAUCAGGUAAGUUUGCUGUCUGCGAGUCGUGCAAGCUGGGUCGGGGGAAAUGCAGGAAGGAGUGCCUGGAGAACGAGAAACCCGAUGGAAGCUGCAGGCUGAACUUCCUCUGCUGCAGACAGAGGAUGUGACAAAUCGGACCGGCACACCGAUGGCCGUACAGGCAGGCCUGG